GCCGCACGCUGCCAUUUCCACUUCUACCCUGCGACUUGCCUCAUCGGUGCGGGCGGCAGCUCUGACGUCGCCUGUGCUCCUUGAAGAGUGACGAUACCACGGAACCGGAGCCAUGACUGAGGCUGAUGUAAAUCCGAAGGCCUACCCUCUUGCAGAUGCCCACCUCACCAAGAAACUAUUGGACCUCGUUCAGCAGUCAUGUAACUACAAGCAGCUUCGAAAAGGAGCCAAUGAGGCCACCAAAACCCUCAACAGAGGCAUCUCUGAGUUCAUUGUGAUGGCUGCAGACGCCGAGCCCCUGGAGAUCAUCCUGCACCUCCCACUGCUGUGUGAGGACAAGAAUGUGCCCUACGUGUUUGUGCGCUCCAAGCAGGCCCUGGGGCGAGCCUGUGGGGUCUCCAGGCCUGUCAUCGCCUGUUCUGUCACCAUCAAAGAAGGCUCACAACUGAAGCAGCAGAUCCAAUCCAUCCAACAGUCCAUUGAAAGGCUCUUAGUCUAAACAGGUGGCCUCUGCCACACUCCCUGCUGCUAACUCCUACCCCAGGGGUUAUGUAUCGUUUGUCUGUUAGCAUAUAGUAUUUCCAGCUACCUUCUAUUGUUAUAAAAUAUUGUAGUGCUUAAUUUGGUUUUUGUAUUUUUGUAUUGUUUUUGUAUUGUUUUUGUCUUGUUUUUAGGUUGUCAUCUCCUCCCCAGCCUCUCCUGUAAUCUCCACUUCCACUCUCUCUCUGCCAUCUUUUCCUCCCUUUUGGAAAAUGCAUGCCCAGAACAGGUGGAAGCAGGGUGGUUGACACCAUUCAAAGGCAGGGAAGAGCCAAGGUAGAGAUUUGGUUCCAGCUUUCAGGUGCCAACUUCCUACUGUGCGGGGCAUGAUGGAAGUAAACACUGUCCACUUUGUAUCCCUUGUGCCCAGCAUACAGGAUUGUGUUUGAAUAAUCAAGGGGUUUCCUUUGCUCUCUAGGGCAUUAUGUAUCAUUUGGGGAGGAAGCAUGUAUUCUGUGAGGUUGUUGGGUGUAUGUCCCAAGAGUCAGUUUCUGAUGUACCCCUGCUGUUUGCUUUUGGUAAUAUAUUUCCCCCCAACUCCCACCUAUGCCUCUGAGGGUGGCAGGGCAGCAACAUACCAAAGAGAUAUGCUGCAAAAUUCCAGAGGCGCCUUGGUGAGUGAGACAUGGGACAGUUGACCUAGGUCUUGAAGGUGUGGCAAGAGGUUCUGGAAUGGAGGAUUCUGGGCCAGUCAUGGAGAACUGGGAGCUACAGCAGAGAUGAUGGAAUUCAAGGGAACAUCCUUGCUUUGGUGAAUGGAGAUUUCUUCAGUAGACACUUGGUACCAGCUCUGAGAGCCCUUACCCCUGCAUAUUUCCUGCCGUGAUGUGGGUCAGAUGCAUGUAUUCUCUGUCACAGCAGAAGGACAGUGCUAAUGUGUCAUUCUUGUGCGCAUCCUAAUAAAGAACACAUAUAUUCGUACUCCA